AUUACAAAGGCAUCACUUUGUUUUUACGGCCAGCCGUACAAAGACUCUGUGGUAUCCGCACAGUCCUGCAUUAUAUCAACACAAGUUCCAAAACAGUAGGAGCUUUCACGACCAUGAGUCGAAAGAGGGGCUACAGCUUCGCGGAAGUUGCCCUUUCCCCCGAUUCCCAAAACGCCUUUAUGAACAUGAUGGCUCCCCGUCCCCAGGCCGCCGACGACGACGGCUCUGCCGUGGAGAACGAUGAGGAGCUGCUGAACUCGGUCAGCGAGAUCACGGAGCAUCUCGGCAGGAACAUCUCGGUGGUGCUGGAGACGGCGCUGUCCGAGAUCAGGAAGAUGGUCAGCGUCAGGAUACGAGUGCUCAAAAUGGAGCUCCGCGAGAAAUCGGACGAGAUCGAAGCGCUGAAGGCGAGACUGGAGGCGGCUGAGAGGGACGGCAGGGAUCCGCCUCCCUUUCGGAAAUCCGAUUUCCAUCCGGGUGCCAAAUAUACCAACAAUGACCCAAAGAAAACGAAAGCAGGUGCCCCUGGCAUCAAAAAGGAGAACAUCGACGCGAUCUGUAACUAUUUAAUGAAAGAUAAAAACUCCCGGAGCGGCGCUGAAUUGGAGAUCGAGCAGAGCAAUGUGCCACCGCCGGCCGGCGACCGGGAGCCGCAGCCUCACGGCUCCGUCAGUCUGUGGACAGACGAGGAGCAGGGGGAAGGCGAGACCGACUCGGCAUCCGAAGAUAUAUUUAACAUGCUGCCUUCGGGAAGCAAGCGCAUUUAUGACUACGAGUGGAUGCCAGGAGUGGAGUACGCGGCUGAGCUGAAAGGUGUGAGGGAGCCAAAAUGUGAAAGUGGCACACCUGAAAAUGAGGGUGACAUGGAGGAGCGGGACUCAGAUGGGGGGAGGCGCGCUCUGAGCCAGCCCCAUGGCCCUGCGGCCCACGCACACACCGCGGAUUUCCCUGCCGAAAGCCAGGGUUCCCCGGGAGUGGAGGGAACAGGUGAUGUGGACGAGCACAUGGACAGGAUAGACACAGGUCAGCAGUUUCCUGCUCAUACUUACCUCUGCCCGCUCUGCGGAACCUUCUGUCCCGAUGCCUUGUUUCUGGAGGAGCACUUGAAGCUGAUGCACGUGGACAGCAACAGCCAGGCGUUGCCAUCUGCAUCCAGCUCGUCCGCAUCGCUGGGAGAGGCCAGUGUGGGCCCCCGGAAAGGUGAAGGAGAGGAGAGAACAGUGGCAAGGGCUGCCCGAGAAAAGAAGGGGGCUGGGGGCUACGAGUGUGCCGACUGUGGCCGGCACUUCAACUAUUUGGGCAACUUGCGGCAACACCAGCGUAUCCAUACAGGGGAGAAGCCGUUCAUCUGCCCUGAGUGCGGAGAGCGCUUUCGCCACGCCGCCCGCCUCAAGAGCCAUAGGCUAGGCCACAGCGGUGCGCAGAGCCCCUUCCCCUGCCCUCAGUGUGGCAAGGGCUUCCCGGUGCUGUCUGGCUUGAAGCGCCACCAGCGGGUGCACACUGGGGAGAGCCCCUACGCCUGCCCACAGUGUGGUCGGCGCUUUAAGGAGCUGGGCAACCUAUACACCCACCAGCGCAUCCACAGCGGGGCCACGCCGUACUGCUGCCAGCAGUGCGGACGCAGCUUCCGGCACCUGGGCACUUACAAGAGCCACCGCUGCACUCCCGCCCAGUGACGUCCGCUCACUGCGAGUCCCUGAUGUGGGGAGUCUGCCGGCCACCAGUGGACAGGUGAUAGGUCCUCUAAAUGGAGGGAGCGGCCGGCUGUCACCGGAAACCAGGGUUUCCUUCGGUGGAAACUGGAAUCAGUUCAAGUCACUUCCAUCAUCCAUACAUCUGUAAGCACUCUGGCCAAGAGGUGUACUUUUCUGCAGCCAGAGAAAUCUCGUCGAAAUCUUAUACAAAAGGGAAAAACGGAGAUGAGAUGUGAGAGGGCAGCUGGGAGCAUUUUAUAUGCAGUCACUGGAUUCUUAUGUACGGUUUAAUCUGAAUCUGCCAUUUUUUAUUUUUAUUAGGAAUGAUCUGAAUGUUUCUCCUGAAUUUCUGUAAUUAAGCUCACGAAUGACUCAAUAUCAAUUGACAUAUAAGGUAGCAAAGUGGCUUUGAUCAGCAGAAUUUGUUAAAAUUUUUCCAGUGAUUCCUUCACCUCUUCCUAGGUUUUGCUUGUUAAAAUCCUCAUAGGCAGAGGCUCGUUCGGAUGCAUCCAUUAAACUGAGCUGUUCUCUCUCUAAAGAUCUGAGUUGCAUUUACAAUUCAGUUAUUCUGUAAACCGCACUUUGACCUCUCUUUUUCCGGUGAUGGCCCUUCCAUCACAUUUUCUAAAAAUAGUGGGUAGAAACCAGUAAGUGGAAACCAUGUACCUACUAUGAACAAAGAGUUUGUGGGUGAGCUCUUUGAUGUUGCAAUGUCACUGUUAAGCUUCAGUGUAAUGUGCAUGAGCCGCUGUGUUAAUAAGCCUUAGUGUAGAUGCAGACACAUGCAUGUUGUUAACACUCUUGAAUUUGGUUUUCCCUCUGACAAGGUCAUAUUACUCUUACAUUUCACACAAAUACUUCUGGUAAAAUGGACUAAAUCCUAUGACCUUGGUCAGUAAUAAUCCACAUUAACACAGUCUGGUUCCUUAUGAUGAGCACUCUGAACCAGGGGUAGCCAAUUGUAUCCACAAAGGGCCGGUGUGUAGGCGGGUUUUUGGGAUAACCUUUAGGUCAGCUGUUGAAACCCAGGUGUGAGGACUCUUCAACCAAUCAGUCCUCUAAUUAGUAAUCUAAUUAUGGAGCUGCAGCAAAACCUGCAUGCGCAAUGGCCCCCUCUGGUUAAGAUUGACCAUCCUUGCUUUAUACCAAUGCAUUUUUACUGUUUUGUUCCUUUAUGCAGUUCAAGUGUCAUGAAAAAUAUGCUACCAAAUUAGUCUAUGUAGCUGCCUCCUCCCAGUGGACAAAUUGAGUCAUUGCAACAUUUAGGUUUUCUACGAAUAUGACCCGGAGACUGGAAUGCCUGCUCAUUGGAAUAAUACCAGAUUCUUAUUUUAAGCAGUAUCACAGUCAAAUUUGCAUUUACACUGUGUUUUGUUCUGUGUGUCUGACUUCCACAAUAAUUCUGGUGAGUUACUGUCAAAAUGUUUUUUCUGCAGUUGAGCUCCUAUUUGAUAUGGGGUCAGAAUAAGGAGACUAUAAAAACAUUAAGGCCCAUUUUCAAAGCUAACUCCUCUUUCAUAUUGUUUUUAUAAAUUGGUGCAGUCAGCUAGUAAAUGUGACGUGUUUGUUCAUGGGCAUUUGACAUUACUUUUUCUGUUUAAGGUCAAAGACUGAGAAGUGAGAAUGAUCUCAAUUCAAAUGACAUUUCAGGAUGAUUCUUCACAGUCAGCUUCGUGUGACUUUCUGAAAAGAAUCACUGGUAAAAGUGGUGGGUGUGACAUGCUAAUAAGUGACAUGCUAUGAUGCUAAUAAACAAAAAGCUGCGUA